AUGUAUCUUCGCUUAAAAGUCUGUCAGAAGCGCCUUCGGUUCAACGUGGCUUCUUUCGAUGCGCUAAUCUGCGGCGCUAAAGCUUCCCAGCCAUUAGAGUCCUGGGUAAAGGCGGACUUCCACGCCGUUGUUGCUACGAAGUUGGCAAAGGCGAUAACCUCGUCCCUCAACAAGUCAAGGCCGCCCAGGUCAAGAUAUGUCGGCGACAGGCCUUCGCGGUUCUCAGCUCUAGCUGGUGCGGCACAGGCCUCCUCUUUCCUCUUGCUCUUUCCCGCCGAAGUACGCCUUCUAGCCCAGUCGUUCUGCUGCACCGUCAACCAGAUGUUUGGAGGGCGGGCUCUCAGUAUCAAUGGUGGUGCGGUCGCCAAGCGUGGGGUAGAGCAAAAUGAGCCUGGCAAGCGGAUGAGCAAGCUCUUUCAUGUCUCUCAUCAGGGCGCCCGGCUGCAAUCCCGGCGCCUGCGCUUCCACCAUACUGCGCAAUCCUCGUCGAGUCGACGUCGAGCUCCCCGGCAUGCAUUUGAAGCUAUUGGACGGUCGCGUAAGCCUCUUCAGCUGCGGCCGGGAUUGGGUGCUCGGGCGCAAGGCGGUACUGUACAAGAGCUGAACGCCAAAUCUUUCCACGUACUGUUCGAUGAUGGGCCGAAACACGAGGUCGACGCUGCUAACAAUCAUGCCGCCACCGUGCAGGUAGAUUGCUCCGUGCGCAGGGGUGUGGUUGCCUCUCGGACGCCGGCCGGUGGUUGA